AUGACGACCUCACUCGACAGCUUACUCCGUACGAUUCACAAUCUGAACGAAUACGAAACUACGACCGUACGACAGCCGUUGAUCUCCACCGCCUUUUCUCGCUUGGUGAGAACGCGGCCCUUUGCCUUAGCAGAUGAGUCUAGGGCAGAUCGUCUCGGACACAUGACCAGUCUCCGCAGAUUAACGCCCCCAAUUUUAUUUAGGCCUCCUGGCGUGAGAUUGUUUCAAAAGAGAGGCAGGGAUGCGAGGCAAGGGCCAUACCCCUCGCUGGCGAGGGGCGGGACGGCCGGAAUGCUGCAGAGGGUCUGUCUGGAGGGCUGA